UUCCACUCAAAUUUUAAUUUAAUUUAAUUUAACUUUUUUGGGUAUUAUAGAAAAUUAAGUAUAUAGUUUGCCGUUAUAGUUUGGUCCUUUUUAUGCAGUAGAUAGUAGAAAAAUGACCAAAAGUAGCUUCAUGCAAGCACAUGAGUUUGAGAAGAGACGUGCUGAGUCUCACUCCGGCAUUCAGCCCUCCGUUCCUCUCAUGAUCUCUCACACCCUCUCUCUAAUUUCAGAACAAUAUGAAGCAGCUCGAGCUCUCUGUGCAUUGAAUCAAUGGCAGUCAUCUAGAGGCGGUACUAGAAACAGUUGCAAGAGUAAAGUCGAAGAAAAAUUAGACGAAAGAAGAAAAGACAAUGUCUUCAUAAUAUCAAAUUUUAAAUCAAAAUAUCCAGUGCUGCAACUAGACUUGAUAUUAAUAUCAGAUUUGGUGGUCGUUAUUGUAUCUGCAACCUGUGGUGGCAUUGCCUUUGCUUGCUCUGGACAACCGAUCUGAUACAUACAUUCAUAGUGAAUAUUUGCUAGCUGGAUCCAUUAUGGACCUUGGAGGUUUCAACUUCUUCAGUGAAAUGGUUCAAGUAUGUUUUACCCUGCACUUUUAUUAUCCAAGAAGAAAUUCUUGAAAUCCAAAAGUGUGCUUAUAUAUAUUCAGGGUAUGGUUGCUUCCUCCUCCAAAACCAAAAGUGUACUUAUAUAUAUAAGCAACAGGAAGAAUUGCUCAGAUACGAGUAAGUGAGGCUUUUUUAGGUCGUAUUUUAAAUGCACUGGCUAAGCCUAUUGAUGGUUGGGGUGAAUUGCCGCAUAUGAAAUUGAGCACAAUUUUGCAUAGCCCACUUGUUUCUCGAGAAGAGAUGGGAAACAUGCUCAAUUUUCAUGCCUUUGAUGUUUUGGUUCUUUCUGAACCUAGAAUUAGUGUAUCCAAAGCUUUGGACGUUGUCAAGACUUUGGGCUUUUCUGGUAGCUUCAUAGUUGAUGCAGUGGGUUUUUACACUACUAAUUUUGUUAGUACUAGGGAAAUAGUUGAUUUUUCUACGUGUAUAU